GCUGCGGACUAACGAGAUAUGUCAGUGUUUGGUGAAGAGGAUCGAAUUUUGCUCGAGGAAAUCGUUGAAACCACCGAAGAACAAGAAACUAACCUGUGCGGAAAUAUUGGAGCGGUAGAGGAGGGCUCGGUGACCACGGGCGUGACGGUCGCCGAGGUCGGUGAUUCUCAAGAGCAACAUCAUCAACAGCAACAGCAAUCGAAAAGCAACGGCACGGUAUCCCGGCGUGUUGCUGGUCAGAACGUUGCUCUGAGCAACGGUAACGGUGCCAGCAACGUCGGCCGUGUUACACCGCGUAGCCACAUGGAGCAGGAGAAGCGUAUGCGGCGAGAAAUCGCCAACAGCAACGAGCGACGUCGGAUGCAAAGUAUUAACGCCGGUUUCCAAUCGCUCAGGACCUUGCUGCCGCACCACGAAGGCGAGAAACUCUCUAAGGCUGCGAUACUACAGCAGACCGCCGAAUACAUUUACCAGCUGGAGCAAGAAAAGACUCAGCUGCUUUCACAGAACUGUCACCUGAAACGACUGGUCAAUCAGCACGAGGGUGGCGAUGUACCGACUAAGAAACGCAAGCCGGAAAGUCAAGGAGGAGUAGUGGUUAGUCUACCGAUGCACGUUAGCGAGAGUGGUGACGAAGGAUUGGGCAGCAUGUCUCCGGAACCGUUGUCGGUAAUCACGGUGACCACAGAGGGACAUUCCGUGGUCAACAGCGAGGUAGUGGAGCUGAGAAGACAGUUGGAAAGAGAACGCCACGCGAGGUUGCAUCUGGAGAAGCAGAUGAGAGCUAUACAGAGUCAGCUGUACCCGGAAAGAUUUCGGGACAAUCAGCUGAUCACUUAUCAACCGCACGAGGUGAUCGAACACACGGACAACGUGAUCGCUCAGGAGACCGAGGAAGCGGUCGCCGCGCUCCAGGUAGUUUCCGUGGUAUCGAUGCCACCGGUUGGCUCCACGCAGACGGUGGAAUCGUCUAGUCCAGACCCGAGUUCACCGUCGCUGUCUCCGCAGCCCGCCGACAUGGUUACAGAGGAGAUCAAAGAGGAGGAAGCUGGGCCGGAGAGUCCGAAGAUCGUCGCGUUCAGUCAAAACCAGGUGUUUACUGCGAUCGAAGAGCCGACCACCGCGGACUCCUUCUCGAGUCACGUCACGUACGCCGCCAGUAUAGGGGAUUUCAAAACCCAGUCGCCGGAAUACAUCACCAGUAGCCCUACCAGGCCAUUCUCGCCGGACGCGGAACCUCAACGGUUACCUAGCGUCCUGGAGGCGGCUAUGAAAGCCGAGCCUAAGGUCGAGGUCGAGAGGUUGCCGUCGCCAUCGAACACCCUAGAAGACGGUUCUCCUCAGGCGAGGCUGUACCUGGGGAACUCGACCUCUCGACAGAACCUGGAGACGAUCGUCGAAGCGAUACGUCACCUGGAGGGAGAUCAUCUCUUCAGCGACGAGCCGGCGCAGGAUGUGCCACUGGCGUUAACCAACAAACAGACCGCGGCAGUGGUUGUGACCACGUCGAACAAAUGCUCGACGACGAGCAGCACGACGACGUCCUCGCCGACGGUGGCGAAGCAGCGGCUACUCCAAGCCGAGUUCCUCCAGUUCCACAGGCAACAACAACAGGCCCAGCAGCGACCCGGCGUGAUCGUGGUGAAGCAUUCGUGAUCGAAAGGCGCGUCGCGAUUAGCAAACUGAACGCGAGCUCACCGCGGCGAACUCGCCUCCGCUCGAGAGUAACGAACAAUUUUCCGCGACAAAUUCGCUGAUAGAAGGAGACCAGACGUCAACAGGAUGAUUCGAAUUUCCCUUCUGAAUGUGUGUUAGACGCGCGUACGUGUUAAGUAGCUGAGAGACGAGGAUUAUAAAUGAUGAGAGAUGAUGCACAAGGAUGUAUACAGUUUACGUUCUCACCAUGGACACUCGAGUCGUCGAAGGGUUAUCCCUUCGAGGAUCAACCCUGCCAGGCGGCUCCUUGUUCGGUGUAACCACCGGCUGACGUUUUAAUCAGUGUCCGGUCGGUGUUUUCGUAUGUUCCUACUGCCCGGCUGGUCCGCCUUCGCUUCGACCACCUGACCGACCCAUUUGUUUUUUAAAUCCAUACCACUGUUGUUGUUUUCGUUCGAGAUAAACGUGCGUUGUUCCUCGACAGGGUCGAGCUGGUUGCGACUUAAUCGCGGUUAAAUCGCAACGAGACAGAUCGAGCGAGUUCGAUCCGGUCGCAUACCCUCUUUAUGCGUGUGCUCGGUCAGGAUGAAACUCGAAACGAAGGUAGGGCUUAACGUCGAAGCUCGACGAAAGGAUUCUCGCCACCGAGUCGUCGAUACGUUUUCCUCUUCACACCCCUGUCCUGUUUUUUAUUUUUUUUUUCUCUUCUUCCCUCCUCCCGCCCCGUCCCCACCGGUUUCUUGUAAAAUAUAUUUUCCCUCUCGAAUCAUCGUCGAAUCUCUUCUUUUUUUCUUUUCGAGAGGCGCAUCCACGUUCUCCCCGGAAUCUUCUUUCGAGGGAUUCUCCUUUCUCGCACCCCCCUCCCGUCCCACCGGAUCAAAUCGUCAGACUCCGACAGCAGCGCCCCCUUCGUCCCUUCGCGAAUCGGGACACAGCCGAAGGUGGGCGUUUCUUCUCGUGUUACGAGGCAGGAUUUUCAUUCGUGUUCUUUUUUUUUCCUUUCUUGUUCUCUAGACUUAAGGCGAUUUGCUACCACGAUAAAAUAAUAAUUAUUCCUAGAUCGUAAGGCUGCGUAUGCUGUCUCGUACCGAUGUAUACAUAUGUACACACGAUAUAUACGUAUAUACACAGCAGAGAUGUGUAAUAGAGUACGCUCCUCCCCCGCGAAAGUAUAUAUUGGAAGAAAAGAAAACAUUUGCGACCAUGCCCGACGAUUCGCUGUACAAUUAUAUAAUUUCCUUUUUUUUUUUUAUUGCUAGCAAACAAAGAGAGAACGAGAGACGAUUUUUGAUACACGAAAUCACGAGUACACUCGCAUUACAUACAUAUGUAUAUGUAUAUAUAAGAUGUACACACGCCGCAUGCUUAAUAUUUGACACACAUUAAUAAUCGCAACGCUUGCUCGACAGAAGCAUUUGUUCAGCCGCUCGAGAGGAAUUUCGCCGUUUAAUCUGUGCCAAAUAUCGAGUUAUCAGAUUUUUGUUCCUUCGUAGUUUAGCGAGGGCUGAUCGGUACGUCCGACGUGGACCGGAGUUCGAGGAUCGUUCAACCCCUUUCGACAAUUAUCGGCUCGCCAACUGACAUUUUCUAUCACUUUUUUAAACAACCACCCUCGCAUACCCUCUCGUCCAUCACCGAUCUCAAAAGAUAUUUGUAAUCGAAACGCAGAAGGCUGAAACACUGGGAGCAAUCGCGCCAUCCCCCCACGCACCCCCGAUCAUUUUCAUGAACGUCUCAUGAUAGAGAUUCGGAGUUGAAGAUUUUUUCGUGCCUUUCGAGGGGAGGAACGAUCGUCCCCGAGCUGGACGAACCGAUCGGCCGAUACGUAUAUAUAUAUAUCUCUCUCUCUCUUUUCUGUUACGCACCACACUUCUUCACCUUUUCAAUCAUUUCCAUUUGAAACGGACUGAUGUCACCCAUACGAACCGAUAGCAAGCGUUGAGUUUAUCUCUUUUUUCCCCCUCUUUUCUUUUUCCGAACAAUGCGCGCGAGUAUUGCCUAUGAUUAAAAGAAAAAAAUAAAAAGAAGAGAGGCAUACGGUUAAGCAGAGUUUAGUUAACGUUUAACAGUUAGAUAAGGUAGGAAGUGUUAGCCAAGUACACGAUUGAAAUACAAGCAAGUUAUUAAAUAUUGUCUAUCGGUAUGAUAAAUGUGAAAACGCUAAUCCGUAAUUGUACUGUGUGUAUAUAAACCUACUAUAGCGAUGUUGCAUACGUUACGCGAAGGAAACGUACGACGAAUAAGCUUCUUUGCGAGACGAGGACGCGAAAGGAUUGAAAGAGAAUGGAUAGGCAAGGUUUCUUCGUAUCUGCAACGCGUCCCUCUUUUUUCUAUCACGUGUUCAUCGUUUUUCUACGAUUUUCGACGUUUUUUUCCCUACCCCCACAGCCCUCCGCUCCGUUCAUCGUGACGCGACCAAAUAACGACCCGGGGAACGCAUCGCGACAGGUACGAAGAACGAUCCGCGAUUUUCUAUGUAGGUGAACUUCGAAGAGACAAAACAAGUGUAAUUAAAACUUUGAUAUAUUGUAUCUAAUUCUCUUUCGAGGGCGCCCUUACGAAGGGAGCCGUGUACAAAUUGCAAUCUCGAUGUCGAUGUUCGCGCGAGGACGCACGAGGGCCUAAAAAGUCGAGACGCGAGUUUCUUUCAUCGUUCAUAGUGUUCCCAUUUUUUUUUUCAUUUCUCUCCUUUGUUUUUUUUUUUUUUUUAAGUAUAUAUAUAUAUAUGUAUAUAUAUAUAUACGUGUACAUUGAAGUAUGAUUACAAAACAGUUCGACGAUUUUUCCAGCGAAUCUCGCAGCCUUUCUUUCGCGAACGACCAUCGGUUUUUCUUGUAUUCUUCAGUUUUCUUUUCUUUUUCCGGAUUGAAUCGCGUGUAUGCGCGCGAUCGAGAUCUCCCCUCUUUCGGCUCUGAAUGCGUGAUCACGCGUACAAGACAAAUUUAUUUCAAUUUAUCCUCAACGCGUUCCUUGAUACGUCUGGAACGAUUUUAACGCGUCUCGUAGGAAUUUCAGAAUUGUUAGCGGACAGAACUCGAGGAGCUUAAGAACGACGUUGUUUGUAGCGAGAAAGAGGUCUGUUCCUUAAUUAGAAAUUAAGAAAUCCGAUUCGUAUAUUCGCGAUCAAAUUAGGCUUCUUCAGAAAAAGAAAAAAAUGCGACGCCCUACCGCCCUUCUCUGCGCGGGCUUAUUUGAAUUCAAAUUUUCUUUAUUAUUCGUAUCAUUCUUAUAAUAUUUAAUUAUUCAAAAUCACAUUAUUUUGUCUCUAAAUCACUUUUAAUAUUGGUAUCGUUGAAAUUAGGAUUUUGAAGCCUGAUUUGAUCGCAGGUGUACGUGUUUCCCCGUAGGCGUAACAAGGGACGGGUUGAAUGUUUAAAAAAAAAAAAAAAAUAUUUCAAGCGCUUCCAUGUACUCGUGGAUAAGCGCGUUACGAUGUAUACGAGAAUAUUGCGCGCAUACAUUGCGUCUAAUUAUUAAGAAAGAAAAAGAAAAAGAACAAAAAAAUCUAUACAAACACACAUCAUGCGUGCGCAUUUACACAGAAUUACUUUUACGAGCAUUUAGACUCUACAGUUUUAGAGAAACAAGCCUUAACCUUCCUAAGGCUUCGUGCAACUCCUUUUUUCUCUCGUUUUUCAAUCUGGAUAAUUAUUUUUUCUUUCUUCCUUUUUCUUCUUUCUUUAAGUUGAGGCGAAGCUCUUAGGGAUGCUAAGAUAGACUGUAAGUUUGUGAGCUAGUGCGUGAAUGGGCCCCAUCAUGCUUUUCUUCCCUACACGCGUUGACGUGUAUCUUUUUAUCCGUUUCCAUGAAAACUAGUGAAUUCAUUCGUUUCGGGAAUACACGUCAGCGUAAACGAUUUCUUUUUUUUUUUAAAUUGUUCACGAAAUAGAAAGAAAGUUUUCAAUUUGCACCACGUACGGGUCCAAAGAGCGUAAGAAAAAAAAAAAUAUUGAAAAAAAUACAAAAAAAAAGGAGAGAGAAACAGAGUGACGAAUGAACAAAAAAAAAAAAAAAAAAAACUAAUGACGGAUUUUCGAGUGGUGCUUCUGUCGCGACUAAAAAACAGGUUCAUAUAUAAUCGUACAUUGAGAGAAAUGUAGAGAAAGGAAACAGGAAAUGGUACAAUCGAACAGCCACUUCAGAAUUCAACGUUUUCCCCCCUCCGAUUAUCACCGUGACGAGAACCGAGGCUCGGUUUAUUUUCUUUUUUUUUUUUAAUCGUUGACUAUAUAUAAAUUAUAUUAUAUAUAUAUAGAAAAUAUAUACACGAAACAAUGGCUCCUAUAACUUCUUUACGAAUAAACUUAAAAUAAAAAAAAAAAACAGGUUGCUAGAGAAAUGGUAAAUAAGUAGAAGAAAAGAGGAUCGAGAGGAGGAUGUCGAGAGAGAGAGAGAGAGAGAGAAAAAAAAAAAGAAAUAAGAAUCCUUUUAACGUUUAGGCGAGCGUGGCUGUGCGGAUAGCGAGUGACUAUGAAUUAAUUAGAAAACGAGAAGUUUAUUGCUAAGGAUAAUUUUCAUGUGUACUCUUUACACGGCAAAUGGCGACUGAAAGCUACCCCUCUCGAAUAAAAGAUACUAAUAAUAUUGGGCUUAUUGCCUUGUGGAAAGAACGAGAACGACGAUAGAACGUUCGUUUCGUGUCUUUCCGUUUUCGAAUUUCCCGCGCUUCAGAUUUCGAACGGAGAGGGGGUAACCGCGUGUGCCUCCGCGUAGGCGAAUCAAUCGAUCAAUCAAUCGACUACGGUGAUUAUUUUUCUAUCGCGCUUUCGGUCGCCACGUGCCCAAAGAGAACGACGAAUAAAAAAAUGAUGAAAAAAGUACACUGUGCAUAGCGUAAGUCGUAGGGUGAUAAAAUGCGGCCACAGUGUUUUUUUCUGCGUGUUGCGAAGAAGCGUGCAAAGAUGGCGUGAACGAAAAACUAGAGAGAACGAGUUAGAAGUAGCGGAAAGAUGGUAGAUAGCGUAACCGGAAGAUCGCUAGUUCCGGAAAUUCUUGUUUUCGAGAACAGAACUGAGUAGCGAUUAAGAGAGGAAGGGUGCGACAGUAAACGAUAUUGCGAUUUGGUUUAGCUGUGUAGAGCAAUCAAAGUUUCAUUUUUCUUUUUCUUUUUUCUUUUUUUUUUUUUUUUUUUUUUUAACGAAAUAACGUGUAAAUCAUUCUUUUUUUCUUCUUUGAUCGAAAAGAAAAUUCCGGAAACUCCGCGCGAUCUGGUUGGGCAUUAUUCGCGUUUUCUUCAAUUAAUAUUUCAGAAAUUAAUCGAUUAACCCUUGAACGGCGAAGCCUGGGUCAAUGGUGAGCCAAAUUGAAUUGAAUAAAUUUCAUAUAUUAAUAAGAUAAUUUGCAAAGCAACAAUGUAAAAUUAAGAAAAUUAAAUUAAUAUAAAAUAUGAAAUUAAAUUAAAAUUGGGGCUCUCUCCAUGGUCCGCCGUUCAAGGGUUUAUCGUAGCGAUCUUGUGAAGGUCGAUCGAGACGAUGUAAUUUGUUCGAAGCACCGUCCAAUUAAUAUCCUGAAAAGAUUGCAAAGAUUCGCGAAGGGGACAUUGUAACAGUAUUAUGGAUAGGAAGAAUUAUUUCUUUUUCUUUUUUAAUUAUAAUUAUCUAUCGACGGUAAAGUCGCAGUAAAACCUCGAUUAUUGUACGUGUAUAUUAUUUAUUCGAUGGUAACAAGCUUUUUAUUUCAAUGAUGAAGAAAAUUAAGAUUUUUAAUAAAUGUUAGUAAUUGUGACGGUUCUCUUGCAAGACUACAUGCAAUAUCGGACCUUUCGUUUUUGUACUUUUUAAUUAUUCAUAAGCGUUGCGAGAAGACACACCGAUGUUAUUAUCCGUUGUUAAGACUACUAUAUUCAAAUCCAGUCUUUUAUGAUUCAGAAUAAAUGAACAUACUAAGAACCAGAAGCGAUUGUGACUUUCGUAACCGCAACUUAUUUAUUCCACAACGUGUAGAUUUUAUACAUGGAAAGUUUUAAUUAACAAAACUUUUGCGAAGUUUUAUUCUGUUUAAUUUAAAACUUGUAUCACGCGCUGAUAUAGGUAAGAGGAUUUUCAUGAAUUUCGAGGUUUCACUGCGACAGGAAUUUAAAAAAAAAAUAAUAAAUAAAAAAAGAAGGAAAAGUCGUCGAAAACAUUGAAACAUUCUGAUGGAAUAAUGGUGUUCAGAUAAUCAAAGUUCCACUGUGCUCGACGAGAAUAAUUAAUCGUAAUUUGAACAGAAAACAAAGAAAGGAAAAACAGUGAAGAGAAAAGAAGAAAAAGUUCCUCAAGUUCAAGCUGCGUUUGCCGCGUGCAUUUGCAUUCCCGCGUGUGAAACACGGAACGAGAAAAAAAAGAGAGAAAUGGGAAACAACGGAUGCCUUUGCACGUCGUAAACGCUGCCUGCAUCAAGUAAACACAGACUGCCAUUGAGUUGAAUGUACUCGUUUGUAAUCGAUUCGCGUAACGAAAGGGAAGAAACUGAUAAAACAGCCCACGUGUGUGUGUUUUACGAGUGUGUAUGCGUGUGAAAGCUAAGAGAGAACAACGAAUGAGUGUCAGAACGCGUGAAUAUCGUUUCAUUAAUUAUUAUUAACGCUUCGAAUACCAUAAUUUUAGGAGAAUUCAUUGAUUCAAUCGAUACGACAUUUCUUGCGAUUUUUAUUUCAAAUCGGACACGUACUGUCAAUAUCUUUUUCUUAUUAUCGUCGUUAAUUUAUUUCGAUUCAGAAACAUUUUCAAGUGACAAUUUGUUAGAAAUAUUUUUAAACAACAGAGGUGUGCUUGAACAGAGAAGUUCGGACGAGAUCGGGUAAGCGCGGUCUGACUUCGGGUCAGCUCGACAGAGAUCGGACGCGCUCGGUUCCCGGUUCUUUCGAGCCUUAAAAUCGAGCGGAUUCGAUUUUUGCCGAAUCGAUCCGAAGUUUCCGACCCGCCAUAACCUUGCACACUCCUGCUGAAGAAAUGAAAUUUCAUGUAAGAUUUUUUUAAACUUUUCUAGACGAAAGGCUGAAACGAGAAAUCGCACAGCAGAAAGAAUACUGUCGUAACGAUGUUUCUGUUGUUUUCUUCUCUUCUCUUUUCUUUUCUUUACUUCGAUAAACUAGUUUGUAAUUGUAGGAUUCUUAAGAUUUGAUUUUGUAAUCGAUACCGCAUCAGGGGAGGAGGAAGACUCCUCAAACGAUUUUUCUUUUUCAGUUUUAUUUAUUUUUUUUCGUAAACGAUAUUUCUGUUAACAUGUUCACGUAACGGAGAGAAAAAGAUGAUAAAAAAAGUAAAUAAAUUUGCAAUGGUACAGCAGUAUUGUUUUUCGAUCCGAAAAAAAAUCAAUCCCUUCUAAGAGUGCAAAUUUCUUAUUAGUGGAAUUUCAAAAAUUUAUUUAAUCGUGUUCCUUAUGUAAAUUUAAAACAAUUCAUCGUAACAGUAUUCUUUCUUAUUGAUGUGCGAGAUAUUAAAAUGUGUCCUUUACGAAACGAAACAAAAAAAAAAAGACGAGGGUGUGCGUGCGUGUAUGCUCGAUGAUUUAAUUACUACGUGUCCAUCUUUUAGAUCGAAUUCAAUAAUCGAUGCAUUCUUGUCGAAUUGACAGGGCAUUUAGUGCCAACGAUCAUAGAAAUAAUUACCAAUAUUUAGACAGAACACACGUGGUUUUAGCAAUAGAGAGAGAGAGUGGAACUAGGGAAUUUUUACCUGGAAACGUCGAACUCUGCGCAUAUCUAGAAAGACUGUCGUUUUAUUGGUCCUGAAAGGGAAUAAAAGUCGUUUAAAACGAUUUCAUCGAUUUCAAUUUCCCUGUAAGGAUACUUCAAAUCUGGUUAAAAUUUCUAAUGUACGAUUUUUCUAAGUGGAUAUAUAAAGGAUUAAUAUAGGGUGAAAGAUCAUUUUUUCUACGAGUUUCUUAAAAAUCAUUCAUGUUUCAUCAGAUUAAUCUUAAACUGCUAGUAACAAAGGUGACAAUGUUAAGUGCCUAACAUUGCAGCUCACACUAGAUGCGAUGAGAACAUCAGUUAUUUGUGACAAUGUUUUCUACGAACGUCUAAAACCUACUGAAACUUAUACAAGUGCAAUAUAAAUUGUGCGAGUCUUUAACAAUUUUAAAUAUAUCAAGUUCUUACAAAAUGGGAAGAAAAUAAUAAUAAAAAAAAAAACAUUACAGAAUACUACGUACAAGAGAAUACAUCUUUUACCUGAAUUAUUUCGUUGCCAAAACAAUCACGUAUUUCGAUCUUAAAAAUCAAUCCAUUCGUUCACGACUGCAUCGAUUAACAUUGAUCGAUCGUAAACACUACUCGAGCAAAUUUCAACGAUCAGUUCAAUUAAGUGCAAUCAUCAAUUGAGAAAGCAUACAAAUGAUUGUAAAAAUUAUCUAUUAACCCUUUUGCUAUAGUAAUAUUUAAUAAAAUUCUUCCGACUUGCCACAUAGAGUUACUUUAAUUCUUAAGUUUUUUUCACUUUAUUUAUUAUGUCUUUGCAGUCACCCUUAGUAGCGAAAGGGUUAAUGCGAUUCAAGAGAAUUUAUACCAAGGCAAGAUUGUUGAAAAGAAUUCGAGUCAAUUUCAAGGACGUAAUUGUACAUAAAUUAAAGGGGACGGGAAGGAGGGUGGAGGAAGAAAAGGAAAGAAAUAACGUAAUUAUGGUCAUGAUAAGUUUAAAGUAGUUUGUCGCUUUUAUUUCGUUCGUUUUGUACCUUAUCGCUGUUAGUAAAACGAGAAGCGCGUAAAAUUGAAUUUGGCUGGCGAGAUGAGCGAAUUAAAUCGUCGAUUAAAUUUCUGGUCGCGAAAAUUGAUCGUCUCGAGCCAAGAAAUUUAUUAGUCUAGUCGAUUUUGAAUCGCAAUUAGGCUAUCGACGGUCUGUGUCCCGAGUGUAAAUUGUUUGAAAAAAUACUUCGGGACAAAAAACAGGCCUGAUUCGAAGAAGAAAAUCGCGUGGGAAAUAAUAUUAAAACCACGCAACCUGCUCGUAGUUAGAUAAUGGAAAAAAGAAGAAUAUAAAAUCCGAUACUCGAAAGAGCAGGGAAAAUGAGUAUCAUGGUUUUUAGACAUAUAUGAUCUGGUAUUAUUUUUUGUAGAAUCUCGCUGGAACUGAGCGAUGAUUAGCAGUCGACUUGUUAGUAUAAUUUGUCGAGUGUAGCUUCUGAUGGCAGAAGAGAACAAUGGCGUAACUAGGAUUUUUCUGGGGUGGUUUCGGGCUUAUAGAAAGUUUGAAAUUCUGGAAUUUUUUAAUUCUAGAAUCUUAAGACAGCCAGUCCACACUUUUGGGGGGACUAGGCGCCCCCUGCCCUUCACCUACUUACCGGAAGAGAGAGAAGAAUUUUAACGCUAGAACAACGUACACCUCCUUUUAUAUUGACUGAGAAUAAAUAAAAGACGAAAUAAUCAUUCUUUAUCUCGUUCAUCCAUAUAAAAAAAUCAUCAAAUUAUUUAUUUCUCUCAAUCGACACUCGACUGCUGAUUCAGUAGCGCCACCAUAGAUUUAGCAGUAGACGUAAAGAGUAGCACGCGUUACCAUAAUUUGCAUUAUUUUCAACGAAUCUUUAUUUAAUCCAUAGACCGGUAUGUUUUAAACGCCGAAUUCUUGAUUGAUUAAUGAGAAAUUGAAUUUUCAAAUUGAUCAAGCUGCGGGCCUAUGGAUUAACAAGAGCUACAAUGACUUCCAACGAGAAUUAUUCCGGUCGUCAAAGUAUUAAGAGAAUCGUCGAAGUAUAAGAUUUAAGGAAACCAGUGAGGUAUCCAACAAAUCGCAUUCCUUCUUCGAAUUAGCGGAAACGGAAGAACGGACGCGAUAAUUAGAUAGAACUCUAGCGUGUGAUCGAAGCGAAUGAAACGAGAAAAGAAAAUGAAUGCUUGAAAAUAUAAGUGUACAUGUGUCUAUGAAUGAAAAAUGAGAAAAAGAAAGAGCGUAUGUAGGCGUGCAAGCGGAAAUGGUUAACUCUAAGCGUCGUAAUUAAGAAAGAAAAACGUAAAAAUUAAGAAAGAAGUGAAAAUACAUUGACUGCACUGAAACGGCUCGAGCGAACCACGGAAAACAGGACCGACUUUUCCUGCCGACUUCCUUUUUUUACUCUUUCAAAAUUACAAUUCAAAAACAAAGCUCUCCCCUUGCGUUCACACCUCUGCAUCGUAUGAAAAUAAUUAUUAACUGUUUGCGAACAGAAUUAUCAUAGUAAUGUAUAAUUUCGUACGUUAAAGGUGUGUGGAUCAUCUUUAGUUUCAAGGUUUCGUACUUCGGGACGAAACGGAAAACUUCGGGCGAGAUCGAGUCGGCUCGACAAAAAUCGGCAGUGUUCGGUUCCGCAGCUCAAGAGAAUCAGGAACCGAGUGCAUCCGACUUUUGCCGAGUCAAUUAGAAGUUUCCAUCCUGUCUUCAUUUCCCUCACCCAUGUAAGCGGGGACAGAACGACUAUUUAUUUUAUUUUAAAUUAUUAAUAUUCUUUGUAUACAUCGUGUCAAGGUUAGUAAUGCUUUGUCCUGGAAAGGUUAACGACGAAGCGUCCCGAGUAAGUGAAGAAAAUAUAUAAACUGCGAUAGUAUCAGUAACAGUGUUGAGCCGGAACAAGACGGUCCUCGAAGAUUUGCGCCGUUUCCGGCGAUUUCUCGUUCGCUCGGGUCGAUCGAUAGAGUUUAAGCUGUAUUUGGUUACUACAUCGACGAACGAAAGGGGUUCGGAGCGGAUGUUUCGUGCAAACGCGACGGGUUCGAAGUCUGGUUGUUUGCAAAAUAUGAAAAAAAAAAAGGUUUUAAAAACAAUUGGACUUUCAGAUACGGGAACUCGGUCGCCACGUGCUCGCGUUGUAAGAGGAAAUACUAAUCGAGAAUAAUAUAUUAUCUUGUCGGAUAAUGUAUUAUAACUAUAUGAAAGAUAAUUUAUUAUAUUAAAUAGCGUAUUAUUGUAUAGACAGCGAUGAAACGUUGCACCGCGUCGAUCAGCAAUAAUAAGAGAAAAAGAGAAACGAAUGACAGAAUCGCGAGAAAGGAAAGCAUACGAUGGGAUACUAGGGAAAAGGGAAUAAAUAUAUGGCGACAAGUGAAAGUGCAAUGUUUUAUUGUUAUAUGUAAGUCAACUUCCUGACAGUGGGAGAAACGAAGUCUUCGUACUAUUUGCAUUAUUGAUUUAUCGUUAUACCAACGUGGUAAACAAUACAUUACGAUUACGAGUAACGAGGAUAUUAAACAGACGGUAUCUAUUGAUUCUGUUGGCGAUUUUAAGACGCGUUCGAUAAUUCUCCUAUUUUCAAUUCUGACUUGAACUGUCGACACAUUUAUGGCACAGAAUAACAUAGAUUAUUGAAAAUAUUAAAUAUUAAUUUUUCUCAGGAUGCCUAUACUCGAAACUGAAAUAAAACUACUUUGUUAGAAUGCGUCUUAAAAUUGUUGGUGUGUUUUCUAGUUAUUAUGCGAUAAGUUCAGGUAUUCAGAAAAACCGAAGCAUUUUAAUUGAUAGGAGGGAGAAUCAUUUUACUUUUCCUUCAUUUUCUAUAUACUUUGUAUAUUCCCACGUAAUCAUUAUAUUUAGAAAGACAGUGUAUAAUUAUUAUCGACUGGUAAAAAGAGAAUUAUUACGACUAAACGUUUAUUUUAUUGUUAAUUAACCAAAUUUUAUUGAGCCGAACCCGUUGACGUCGUUAUGGUGCGAUUCGAUUCAAUUUAUAUGUACUCCUUUCUCUUACCAAUUAUUCAAAUACAUUAAAUUCGAGGCGAUGGUUAGUCGAUAAAAUAGAUAUACUCGAUCGGGUACGAAGGUGUUAAUCGAUCGAAACUUAAUUUAUAUUACAUGGAAUCGUUUUCACCCUCUGUCGCUAAUUAAUCACGAUUUAUCGAGCCGCAUGGAUAACUGAUAAUCGAGUCGCACCGUUUUAUCGACAUUAUAAUCGUCAUAAAGAUAACGUAUAGUAAAACCUCGCAAAUCUGUCGACGUUGGUGAAGCAAUCGACCGGUUUUUUUAGAAACUAGAGAGGCAAGAGAUUGCGCCAAUAGAGAAGUACAAAUUAUUAAUGGAGAGAACGAGAUAGAGAGAGGGAGAGAAAGAAAUAGUAUGUAUCCGUGUGUAUAUGUGUCCGUAUGAGAGAAAUGAAGAGAAAAAGAGAGAGAAGAAGAACCAUAAAAAUGCGAAUAAAAUCAAUCAUUCGAGAAUGAGAUAAUGUGACCAAUAACGAAUGAAGUGUAACAUCUAAUGUUUAGUUUCAUCGCUUUUUAUUCAUUAUCUUUGAUUAUAUUAUUGCUUGUAAUAAUUCAUUCGAGAUACCUUGAAUACAAAAAGUAAUAAACAACGUUAGCCCAUCUUA